CCUGCAAGGAGACGCAGAUCACCAUCACCACCUGCUAGGUCACGCAGGUCACCUUCACCACCUGCUAGGUCACGCAGGUCACCGUCACCGCCUGGUAGACAUCGGCGAUCUCCUCUGCCCUUUAGAAGGCGUAGGUCUCCUUCACCACCAGCUAGAAGGCACAGGUCUCCGUCUCCACUCUAUAGGCGCAACAGGUCUCGGUCACCACUGGCUAAGCGAGGAAGGUCUGACUCACAGGGG